AUGGCCGGCGAGCCCAGGGCUGGCGGAGACGCCACGCUGCGCCGGCUCCUGCGGCUGCACCGCACCGAGAUCGCGGUGGCGGUGGACAGCGCCUUCCCACUGCUGCACGCCCUGGCCGACCAUGAUGUGGUCCCCGAGGACAAGUUCCAGGAGACGCUGCGCCUGAAGGAGAAAGAGGGCUGCCCCCAGGCCUUCCACGCCCUUCUGUCCUGGCUCCUGACCCAGGACGUGGGAGCCAUCCUGGACUUCUGGAGGGUUCUCUUCAAAGACUACAACCUGGAGCGGUAUAGCCGGCUACAGCCCAUCCUGGACAGUUUCCCCAAAGAUGUGGACCUCAGCCAUCCCCGCAAAGGGAGGAAGCCCCCUGCCAGCCACAAGGCCUCAGUACUGCCACCCAGACUCCCCACCAAGAGGAAGGCCCUCGAGGAGCCUCGAACCACCCCACCAGCAGCCCUGACUCCAAGGGCCACCUCCAGCCUGGGGUCCCAACCGAAGGCCAAGCCCCUCAAGAAGCCAGAGGGCAACCUGGAGCCGCAGCGCCUCCCACUGGGGAAUGGAAUUCAGACCAUGUCAGCUUCGGUCCAGAGAGCUGUGGCCGUGUCCUCUGGGGACAUGCCAGGAACCCGUGGGGCUGUGGAGGGGAUCCUCAUCCAGCAGGUGUUUGAGUCAGGGAGCUCCAAGAAGUGCAUUCAGGUUGGGGGGGAGUUUUAUACCCCCAGCAAGUUUGAAGACCCAGGCAGCAGUACAAAGAACAAGACCCGAAGCAGCAGUGCUCUGAAGCCUCUGGUCCGAGCCAAGGGAGCCCAGAGUGCUGCCUCUGGUGGAGGUGAGCAGAAAGUAGACCAGCAGGGCAGGGUUCCUAUCCAUCCAGCCCUCCCCAGCGAGCCCCAGCUACACCAGAAGAAUGAGGACGAGUGUGCCGUGUGCCGGGAUGGUGGGGAACUCAUCUGCUGUGAUGGCUGUCCCCGGGCUUUCCACCUGGCCUGCCUGUCCCCUCCACUGCGGGAGAUCCCCAGUGGCACCUGGAGGUGCUCCUGCUGCCUCCAGGGGAGACUCCAACAGGGCCUGCCCCGGGCUGAGGAGCCCCGGCCUCCUGAGCCACCUGCGGAGACCCCGGUCCUCCUAGGACUGAGGUCAGCAGGAGAGGAGGUGAGAAACCUGCCCAGAGAGCCCCCAGCCAGCAUGGACCCUGCUCUCACCUACACGCACCUGCUAGCUCCACCUUCCACAGCCCCUCUGCCCGUGCUAGAGCCUUCAGCCCUGCGUCCUCUGCUGAGUGCUGGCCCUGAGGGGCAGAAGGGCCAGGCGCCGGGCGCGCGGUGCGGUGUGUGCGGGGACGGCGCGGACGCGCUGCGGUGCGCGCACUGCGCCGCCGCCUUCCACUGGCGCUGCCACUUCCCGGCGGGCACGGUCCGUCCCGGGACCGGCCUGCGCUGCAAGUCCUGCUCGGGAGACGCGGCCCCGGCCCCCCGGGAGGGAGCGCCCGUCCUCAGCCCCGCGCGUCCCGCCCCCGGGCCUGCCAAGGUGGGGGAUGACUCUACUGGCCAUGAGCCCGUUCUGCACAGGGAUGACCUGGAGUCCCUCCUGAGUGAGCACUCCUUCGAUGGCAUCCUUCAGUGGGCCAUCCAGAACGUGACUCGUCCGCUGGCCGAAGCACCGCCCUUCUCCUCCUGA